AUGGAAGUUGUUGCUACGGUCCUUAGCAUCACACGCGCAUCGUACCGACAAUUGAUUGUGACCAAAGAGCUAGGUUAUCUCCGCGAUAUGGCAGAUGGACUGAGGACCACACUCAGUCGGACCGAAAAUAUUGCUGAACUUAUCUUGAGACACACAGAUCCCUCGUCCGUAAGUGCUAAUGGCUACAAGGCUCUCUGCGAGGACCUCCAAAAAAAACUUAUCGACUUCAAGAAGACUGCAAAGAUAAUCAACCACAGGCUUCAAAGUAUUUGUGGCAAAACAGGCUCCAAGUUUUCCAAGAACCAUAAGGGUUUGGUAAAGCUCAUACGGCUACAAGCCAACACACGACUCUUCCGACGGUUGCAAGAUCGGGUAUCCUCCCAUGCAUCCUCCAUUGGCUCCUUGCUGCUUGUCAUGGAUACGUACUAUCAACAAGGAUUCCAGGAAAAGCUUGAUAUCAAGAUUGAUCGCCUGCUGCUGCUUCAGGAACAAUCUCGGCUACCCAAUGAGCUUGGCACACAGCAGGUUGGCACGGCCACCUCUUUGCCCAACAAAAGCAAGCCAUUCACCAUUCCUCGACUUGCCACUGACUUUUAUCGAGGGCGGAAUGAUUAUUUCGAGGACUUGUUGCAAAAGCUCAACCCUUCUUUGGUCGAGGGCCCCGAAUACUCAAAUCGAAUGAUAUAUAUCUCUGGCGAUGCAGGAGUAGGAAAGACAUACUUGUGUUCUGAAUUUGCGGAGAAGUACAAGACUUGGUAUGGAUUUUACACUAUCCUUUGCUUCAUAUAUAUCUUACUAACUAUUCAAAGUUACUCCGGCGUUCUUUGGAUUGAUGAUGUUCUUAAUGACAUCUCAGCAUUUUAUGUUGAGAACAACCGAUUUGAGAGCCUCAACAUCCCAACACAGGCGGCAGAUGUGGCUAACUGGCUGACUGGGGUUCAUGAGCCAUGGCUUUUGGUCAUUGAUGGCGCUGAAGAUUUGACAAAAUGGAAAUGUCUUUCGUCUUGCGGUGACAAAAAACACAUUCUUAUCACGACCAGAACAACCCAAUCGGACACCGCUACCUCUGUUCAUAUCUCAAGGAUGGACACUAAGGAUUCACAGGAAUUCCUUUUGUGGGCCGCGGGUUUCUUGAAGCCUUGGUGUGCCUCGGAUCUUGCGUGGAGUAAUGAUCUCAUUGGCAAACUUGGUUCCAAUGCGCUGCCCCUUACCUUGGCCCAUGUGGGUGCCACGGUGCGCAAUGGCUUUUCCGCCCCAGAAGACUAUCUGGCACUCUUGGAAGAGCAAGAGACAAUGGAAACACAAGCAGAUCCUUCGCAAGAUUUACAAAGGUUGGCCUUUGAAGUGGCUAUCGCACAAAUUCGAAAACAAAAAGAUCAGUCAUCCAAGGACGCACACAAACUCCUCAACGCUUUCGCCCUUUUUCCCAAUAGACACAUGUCUUUGGAGACCGCAACAAAAGCAAUCAUCACAUCCAAGACUAUUGGCGGGGAGCAGCGACGGAGAUACCACAAGAGAUUUCCCACACCAAAACUCAUUAGACGGAAUGGGAAAGCCUACAACACUCCUCAAUCCACAUCUCGUCGGCAAAGCUCGGAUUCUGUUGCCCUUUCACGAGUUCACUGGGCGAUCAUGGAGCUCCUCGAUAUUUCCGCGGUUAUAUAUCACCCAUCAAGUGGUACAUACUCGAUGGAAGCUGUCUUGAAAAGCUGGAUCGCAGACAGCCUAGGUCAAUCUGAGCGCGAAGUUUGGAAAAACUUAGCCGAGAUGAUAGCCCCGCAAAAGGCGUCCAAAGAAUCCCUUUGA